AUGGCAUAUAUGACGACAAGUACGAUAACACCAAACACGACAGUCUCCAUGCAGAUGACAUCGCCAUCUAUGCUGCAAGAACUGACACCCGCCGCCCCCGCAUGCCCGGAGGCGACUAGCAUUAUCAAUCCAUUAGGAAGACUGCGAGUGGCUAUGAAGAAUUCUAGUUAUUUGGAUGCGUUUUUGAUUUUUUAUAGCGAUGAACAUUUGAGUGAAGAACCGUCUCCCGAUGAAAGGAGACUGGAGUACAUAAGUGGAUGGGAUGGUCCCGGAACAGCUGCUGUGUUAGCUGCGGGUGGAGCUGCUAUAUGGGUCCCUGCAGCUGAAGUCAGAAGAGCUAAAAUGACCCUGUCUUGUGCAUGGCUGGUGCUCGAUGGAGACGAUCCCAGUCAACCGACGAUUGCGGAGUGGAUUGGUGGCACUGCAAUACGCAACGGCCGCGUUGGUGCUGAUGUCCGGCUUACAUCCUUUGGGGAAUGGCAGUCGUUAUCAACUAGUCUCCAACGUGAAAACUUACAACUAGUUCCGCAAUCCACAUUGGUAGACCAGCUAUGGAACCAAGAAACAGAUCCUAUGUGGAAAAGGCCACAGUUUACAAGAGUCGUUGCUAUGUCUCACAAUCCGGAGUAUAUUGGAAUGACAUGGCGAGAAAAGCUAACGGCAGUACGGAAUGAGUUGCAAGCAGUCGGAGCCGAUGCUAUGAUUGUAACAGCAUUAGAUGAAGUGGCGUGGCUACUUAAUAUACGCGGCAAGGACCUCCCCUAUGCUCCGUUACUCAAGGCUUUUGUGAUAGUCAGUCAUAGAGACGUCAGAAUUUAUGUGCCUCCUGGAAAACUUAUGAUGCCUGAACGAGAUGCUUUAGCCGCUUAUAAUUGUUAUCCUAACGUCAUAAAUUGUACCAGCGUGAAGGAUUACGAGACAGUUUAUUCUGAUCUUCGCAAAGCACCAGAACUGAAGAUCCUCAUACCAACUGGAGGGACUUUUCAACGAGGAGCGUCGGCGGCUGUUACCCAAGCCAUAAUGGCGUCAAAGCGAAUGUUCCAGCCCUCCCCCAUUAUCUACUUGAAGGCUCAGAAGAAUUCCGCUGAAAUAAAAGGCAUGAAGAAGGCACAUUUACGAGAUGCGGUCGCUAUGUGUACUGUACUUAACUAUUUGGAGAAAAAGGGUAAAGGAAGCCUUGACGAACUUUUGGUAGGAGAAAAAAUAGACGCUACUAGAGCUACCCAGGCUGGAUACCGAGGACUUUCAAUGCGAACCCGAGUAGCUUAUGGGCCUAACGGCGCAGAACCUGAAUACCGGGCGACGAAUGCUACCAAUCGCAGAAUAUUCACCAACUCAACGCUUAUAAUACAAUCUGGAGGCCAAUAUGAGGAAGGAACAACAGUGGUGACCCGUACUCUACAUUAUGGCACACCGAGUCGGGACGAACGACGCGCUUACACUACUGUAUUACGAGCGCUGGCUGCUUUUGCGAUGCUGCAAACCCCAGCGACCUUACCUGCUGCACAUGCUGACCCUGUAGCUAGAGCGCCGCUGUGGGCAUCUCGUCAGGACUAUUUGUUACCCACAGGACAUGGGGUCGGCGCUGCGCUUAAUCGACGAGAAGAUCCGGUGGUGAUUGACUACCGUCAAGACACUAACUUGCACACGUUUCGUGAAGGUUACUUUGUUACAAACGAACCUGCUUGGCAUGAAGCUCGCAAGUUUGGCGUUAAACUGAGUAAUGUACUAGAGGUAAUCCAAAGGUCAUCGGGAUAUCUGGGCUUUAAAGAAACUACCCUACUUCCCUACGAGCCAAAACUCAUUGAUAAAAAUAUGCUAACAGAUUAUGAGAUAAAUUGGUUAAACGCUUACAAUAAAAGAAUUCGUGAUACAAUCGGACCAGAAUUAACAGCUCAAGGCCUUACAGAUGUUUACUAUUGGGUCAUGAAUAAAACCGUAGAAAUCGAACUGCCUUCCAAAACCAAAAAACAGGCCAAUUCUGCGUUUAUUAAGCAUACUACUAUAGCCAUGAUAUGUAUAUCUGUUGCUUUGACAAUUCUAUAA